AUGAUAUACCACCGAUCUAAUGAAUUAAUUUAUGUUUGUAUAUUUGCCGUUUCACUAUAUUCAAUUCCAUAUACAAAUGGGAUAAAUAAUAAUUAUAUUAAAAUGUUUCCUAAAAUUGGUGAAAAUGUUACACUAAAAUGUGGCAGCAAUAAUAUAAAAAAUUCUAAUGUGUUGUGGCAAAUGGAUCAUAAAGAAUUACCUGGUCAAGCUAAAGUUAUGGAAAAUGGAGAUCUAUUCAUAUCAUCAUUUGAUACAUCUGAUGCUGGUAUCUAUAUUUGUGAUUUAGCGGCUGCUAGUGGCUAUAUUGGACAUGCUCCACUGACUCAAUUUGAACUGAAACUAAAAAGUGUACCUGGAUCCUUGAUAGGUGUAAGAGUUAUACCUAACACCGUAUUAAUGCUCAUCACAUGGAGAGAAAUAGAAAACAAUGAUGGAUCUCCUGUUAAGAAUAUAACCAUUAGGUAUAGAAUUAUAGAUGAUAGAAUUUCAAGAGAUGAUUGGAGUAUUCUCCAAGUAAAUCCAUUUAAGAUUCAUAAAGAAAUUUAUUCGUUACUUCCAAAUACUUUAUAUAAAAUUCAAAUUUGGGCCACCAAUGAAAUAGGUGAUGGGCCCAAAACCGAACUAACCACUAAAACAUUAAGCGAUAUGACAGAAUCUGAGUUGGAAAAACACCUAUUGGAAGGCAUUGAUACAUUUGAUACCAGAGCAUGGACAUUUGCAGUAAUUGUGAUCAUGAGUACAUUUAGUAUAUUUUUAAUAGCGUUGUGUUGUUUAUUUGUCAAGGAUCCUAGAGUACAGAAAAGAUUGGAAAACAAUGAUGAUGUUGAACGAAUUGAAUUAAUACCAAAUAUUACUAUAAAUCCUGGUUAUUGUGAAACAUAG